GUUCCACCUUCCCCUUGCCUCCUCCCUCUUUCUUUGGCUCCGGAGAAGCUCAGUUCCGGACUUCCGAAGACCUUUUACGACGUUGGGUCUUAGAGUCUGUCUCUGCUCCAGGUCCACUUUUCGGCAAAGUGACGUGGACGUCAACAGCAAUGGCGGAAGGAGAAGACGUCCAGCCACUGCCUACCUUGAGCGGCGACGGCUGGGAACGGGAUCUUGAAGAAGCUCUGGAAGCAGGAGGCUGUGAUCUUGAAACUUUGAGAAAUAUAAUUCAGGGGAGACCACUGCCUGCUGAACUAAGGGCCAAAGUCUGGAAGAUUGCUUUGAAUGUCGCGGGAAAAGGUGAUAGUUUGGCAUCAUGGGAUGGUAUUUUAGACCUUCCAGAACAGAACACUAUUCAUAAAGAUUGCUUAGAGUUUAUUGACCAGCUUUCAGUGCCAGAGGAAAAGGCAGCACAGUUACUUCUGGAUAUUGAAUCUGUAAUUACCUUUUAUUGUAAAUCACGGAAUAUAAAAUAUAGCACAUCCCUUAGCUGGAUACAUCUACUGAAACCAUUGGUGCAUCUUCAACUGCCACGGAGCGAUUUAUACAACUGCUUUUAUGCUAUCAUGAAUAAGUACAUCCCCAGGGAUUGUUCCCUGAAGGGGAGACCAUUUCAUCUCUUCCGAUUACUCAUCCAGUACCAUGAGCCUGAGCUUUGUUCUUUUCUUGAUACUAAGAAAAUUACUCCAGACUCCUAUGCACUCAACUGGCUUGGAAGCCUUUUUGCAUGUUACUGUUCCAUUGAAGUCACUCAGGCAAUAUGGGAUGGAUAUCUACAACAAGCGGAUCCAUUUUUUAUUUAUUUCUUAAUGCUAAUUAUCCUUGUGAAUGCAAAAGAAGUUAUUUUGGCACAAGAGUCAGAUAGCAAAGAAGUUGUUAUUCAGUUCUUGGAAAAUACUCCAUCCAGUUUGAAUCUAGAAGAUAUAGAAGACCUUUUCUCUCUGGCACAGUAUUAUUGUAGUAAAACACCAGCUUCUUUUAGGAAGGAUAAUCAUCAUCUCUUUGGUAGUACUUUGUUGGGAAUUAAGGAUGAUGAUGCAGAUCUGAGUCAGGCUCUUUGUAUGGCCAUUUCAGUGUCAGAGAUCCUUCAAGCAAAUCAGCUUCAAGGGGAAGGAGUCCGAUUCUUUGUGGUGGAUUGCCGUCCAGCUGAGCAGUAUAAUGCUGGGCAUUUAUCAACUGCUUUCCACUUAGAUUCAGAUCUGAUGCUCCAGAAUCCAUCCGAGUUUGCACAGUCAGUAAAGUCCUUGCUGGAAGCACAGAAGCAGUCCAUUGAGUCCGGCUCCAUAGCUGGUGGGGAGCAUCUCUGUUUUAUGGGUAGUGGCAGGGAGGAAGAAGACAUGUAUAUGAACAUGGUCCUGGCACACUUUUUACAGAAAAAUAAGGAAUAUGUGAGUAUUGCCAGUGGAGGAUUUAUGGCACUGCAGCAGCACCUGGCAGACAUUAAUGUGGAUGGGCCAGAAAAUGGAUAUGGCCAUUGGAUUGCUAGUACCUCAGGGUCAAGGAGCAGUAUCAAUUCUUCUGUUGAUGGUGAAUCUUCUAAUGGCUCAAAUGAUAGAGGAAUGAAAUCACUAGUAAAUAAAAUGACUGUGGCUUUGAAGACAAAAUCAGUUAAUGUCAGGGAAAAAGUUAUCAGUUUUAUUGAGAAUACAUCAACUCCUGUGGACCGAAUGUCUUUCAAUCUUCCUUGGCCAGACAGAUCAUGUACAGAGCGGCAUGUCAGCAGCAGUGACAGAGUGGGCAAGCCUUACCGUGGUGUAAAGCCUGUUUUCAGCAUUGGGGAUGAAGAAGAAUACGACACAGAUGAAAUUGACAGUUCUUCAAUGUCAGAUGACGAUAGAAAAGAAAUUGUAAACAUUCAGACUUGGAUAAACAAGCCAGACAUCAAGCAUCAUUUUCCUUGUAAAGAAGUGAAAGAAAGUGGACACAUGUUCCCUAGUCAUCUGUUGGUUACGGCAACACAUAUGUACUGUUUAAGGGAGAUUCUUUCAAGGAAAGGAUUGGCUUAUAUUCAGUCUCGACAAGCACUUAAUUCUGUAGUUAAAAUCACAUCCAAAAAAAAACAUCCUGAGUUAAUUACCUUCAAAUAUGGAAACAGCAGUGCUUCAGGAAUAGAAAUCUUGGCUAUUGAAAGGUAUUUGAUUCCAAAUGCAGGGGAUGCUACCAGAGCCAUAAAACAACAGAUCAUGAAAGUUUUGGAUGCUUUGGAAAGUUAAUAUAUUAAGAAAAUUAUUUAAAUGAAAUUAAGGCAACCAAGAGAAACAUGAACAUAUAUUUCCUGACUGAAUACUAACCAGAGACCUUUCAUUUACUCAUGGGGGUGCUUGACUAGCAGGUCUAAGUGUAAAUUAUUAUUAUCGAUUUCUGGAUGGUUAAAUUUUUAAAAAUUUUCUUUUGUGUUUUCGGUUUUAUAAAAUGAUUUAUUAUAAAGGCCAGUUAUUAAAUGACUUUGAAGUAACUGCCAUUGUGCCCCUAUGGACCAAGGGUACAGAAUGCAGUUCUGUUUUGAAGAGCUGUUUUAAGGGAACAUAUAUCACUUUCAGGUUUUCAAACAACCAUAAACUUAUAUAUUUGCAAUGUCUUCACUGAAAAUUAGAGAUAAAAUUAGUUAAAGAGACUUCCUUAACUGUUAAACUUAAUUUUACCCACUGAGCAAUAUCAAAAACUAAAAACAGGUUAAUAAUUAGUUCACUGUUUCUGUUCUUAAGAAGAAUAAAAUCUUUUUAAUUAAUUGAAUGAAGAUUCCAGCCAAUUCAAAAUAUAGUCCAGCUAAUGAGCUAAGUCAUCUUUGCUCCAUUAUGUAAUUAUUUGGACACUGAAAUACCAAAGUAUGCCAAGCAUUUCUGAGUUCUUCAGAAAUACCAUACUUCAUUUUGAUGAUUUCUGAAAAGCAAUUUAAAACAUUAUAAGUAGGUAGCAUGUUAAGAUCAAAAUUAUCAUUUGGGGGACAGAAUUGUAUCUGUAAAAACAUCAUUGAUCUUUAUUACAAGUGGAUAAUUUUUAGGAUAUUUCAAAACUAGUGUUGAGCACAGAUUGAUUUAGUCUCCUUGAGAUGAUGACCAUCUGUGACCACACUCAAUAUCCACUUAAAUAAAAGCCAAAUAAUCAGAGAGAUGUAUAAUUUUCAAUCACAUAAUUUAUAUCACUUUCUGAAAUUCCUUUUUCUUCAUUUGGCUUUGUCUUCUCAUUAAAGUUCCAGGGGUUUGAAACUUAUUAUUCUGUUAAUAAAACUGAAGUGAUAUGCUUUAUUUUACAGCUUUAUCAGCUUAAUUUACUGUGGCCCAUAUUAAUUACAUGUAGUAAGAGAUCCAGAAACAUCUUUGGGGCCAUGGGAUGAUUUUUGUAAAACCCAUUUGGGAAAUAGCAAAUAUAAUCUGCCAUGUCCUAAAAUGUAAGAUUAUCUCUAAGGGAUUGAUAGAAGUAUCUAGAAUGUACCCUGUUAAUAACCAGUUAUUUUAAUGGAAAUCAAGUGAAUAGAAGACAACAUAAUUCAAGAAAUUUUAUUCUGAUAUCUAAAUAAAAACAGUUUGAGUGAUUGAAGACAUUUGCAUGAAAUUGCACCUGGUGCAAUACUUGAUAUUUAUAAUCUCCCCAAAAACUGUUGUAUUGCACUUUUUCCCUUUUCUUGGCACCCCCCUAGAGAUGUCCUGAAGUCUGAUUCUUUUGCCCAUUUCAGUCAUGGGACUUUUUUCACAAUAUAAAUGUAAAGAUGUUUGUGUUACUGUUUAUAAAUUACAAUUGUAAAUAAACUGGUACAAUUUGCUGAAAA